CUUGCGAAGACCACAAAGCUCCGCAAAGAAAUUUUUGUUUCCAGAAUUCCCCCAAUUCAAGAUUCGAAUGUGGAAGAAGCCACCGCCAAUGGUUGUGAGAUGAAGAUGAGAAGGCAAUGUAGGAUUUGGUGGCCAAAGCAGCUCUCAUCUUCUAACCUAGAUUCCGCCAUCUUGUUCGGGUGGUUCAUCCAUUCUUCUCACUCUUCUCUUGACAUUGUUGUAGCCGUUGCAGCUUCCCCAGAUGAGAUUUCAGUCUCUUUCUCUGAUUCGGGUCUUCAGGGGAUUCUCCAUCGGAUAAAUGCAAAAAUGCCUCUAUUUCUACAGGACAAAUCAACAUUUACUAUUUUAGGGCACUCUACUGCCAAUUGUUGCUUAAAUGGGCCGCUGCGAAGUUUUCAAAUAGAUGCAGAGGAUAACACAAAGCCCACCGAUUACGGAAAAGUAUAUACAAUGGAGAAUCAAGAUUUAUGCGGAGAAAAGUUUGGAAACUGGCACUGUGAAUGCCACAAGUUUGAUGGCAUCUUAGAAAACUGUAGGCAGAAUUCUGUUAGGCAUGGUAAUUGGAUUCAGUUAUCUUUAGACUCUCAUGGAUUGUAUUGUAAAAAUAUCCGCUGGAUUCCUAAGUUGCAUCACAUACACUGGACUGGGGAAAUAGUGUCUACCGCUGAUCUUCACGUAAUAAUUUAUGACCCACCCACAUUUGGCACACAUCAUUUCUCUCUGACUUCUGGUGGUUCACUGGAGGAAGUGAAAUUGCCCCUUGAGAGACCUGAAUGGGUCAGCGAACUAAAUCAAAAGCAGCCACUCCCUGACUUGGACACAGUUGUCUCAGCAAUUAAUAGUGCAUAUGCUACAAAAAUAUUAUUUGAGAGAUGCAUGGGACACAAAAUUUCACCCUACUGGCUGGUUUCUAUUGUGUGUCACAUUGGAGCCAUGUUUGUAGCUUCUUUCUGCACUGUAUUUUAUAUAGUUCUUCAGUUCUCUGAUGGCCUUCUGAGUUAUGGAUCAGAUUCAUUGGGUUACAAGAUCUUAACAAGGGUAUUCAGUCAUACAUGUAAGAAUGUCCAUAUCCGCAGUUGUCAGCUUCUGUAUUGGUCAACCUUCGGUCACGCUGGUGGUUUCAGGUCUCUAGCAAGUGUGGAAUAUGCAGAGAGAGCUUCUAUACAUAAACACUCAAUGUGGUCAAGUAUAGCUGUUGAUAUUCUUUUGGGAAAUUUGGCUGGCUUUAUGUUGUUAGUCCAUGCUGAGGCUACGUGCAUAUGGAUUUCAAACUUUGCGUGUGACAUCAUGAACAAUUCGCUGCGUUCAGGUUGUGUGUGGUUGAUGGGUGUCCCUGCAGGUUUCAAACUGAAUAUGGAGCUAGCAGGUGUUCUUGGCAUGACCUCACUUAAUACAAUUCAAAUUUGGUCUACCCUAUGGUUCUUUUUGGGUUUCCUCUUGAGCUAUUUCAUCAGAGGACUUGCUAUAUCUGGAAUCAUUUUGGGGGCCACUAUACCUGCUGCGCUGGUUAUAGAUGCAAUUGUGUUUGUAACAUUACAUAUUUUAACUCUUCAUUGGCUGAUCUCUCUUCUAUAUUCGAAACAAAUUCAGGCUUUGGCAGCUCUGUGGCGUCUUUUCAGAGGUCGAAAAUGGAAUCCACUACGGCACAGAUUAGAUAGUUAUGACUACACUGUGGAGCAACACAUUGUUGGAUCGCUUCUAUUUACGCCCCUCUUACUUCUACUGCCAACAACUUCCGUGUUUUACAUUUUCUUCUCCAUCAUGAAUACAGUGAUCUGUUUCACCUGCAUUUUGAUUGAGAUUGCUAUAUCAAUCCUCCAUGCCACGCCUUAUGCCAAAAUUUUCCUCUGGAUGGUAAGACCAAGAAGAUUUCCCUCUGGAGUAUGGUUUAAAAUUAUAUCUGGCAAAGAGCUUGGUUGUCGCGAGAAUCUUAAUGAAUGUAGCUCAACAUCCGGGAAGUCACAGCAAAGAACAACAGACCAAGAGGACAACAAAAGAUCCAGAGUUAUGAUUUCGUUGCUCCACAGCAACAUCUUAAAUUUAGGACAAAUCAUCUUACCUCACUAUAGAGAUGUAUUCCGUGGGAUAUCCGUCUCCUCUGCUGCUUCAACAGCCCAUGGACUUCUGAUUGGAAAAAGAAUUCCGUCGGUUUUGGGAACUGGUCUUCCUUCUACAAUGCCCUGGAUGUUUCUUGACUAUAGGGAGUAUUGGCGGUUAUGUCACGACUAUGUAAUUUCAUGCAUAACAGAUGAUAACUCUGUUGAAGUCACCUGAUAAAUCAGAACAUAUCACAAUUUGUAGUUCUGUAGUCCUUUUCUGCUCCUCCUCCGUUGUUUAUGCUCUUUUGUUUUGUCAUUCAUUUGUAUUAAUAGUAAAUGCUGGUAGUAUCCCUAGCCAACAGUUAGAGGUGGAUGAAGUAACAGUGCAUUUCUGUGUUGCAAUUGGAAUGCACUGCAAUUUUGACAUUUUUCUAGCCAUUGGAGAGGAAGGAAUCAUUGCUU